UUGCGACGUGAACGGAUCAUGCAAACAGUGCAUCUUCAGUAUAUCUCUCUCGCGCGGUGCGGAAGUGGGCCGUAGGGCAGGGCGCGAGAGCUGCUGCAUAUAAACUGACACGGACUUCCUCAAACUCACUUUGCAUCGGAGCAGAGACGCAUUCAGAUCUAAAGCAGCAGUCAUGAGCUGGGACAGCUACAUCAGCAGCCUGACCAAGAGCGAAUGGGUGGAUGAUGCGGCCAUUCUCGGGCUGACACCGGGUCAGGAGUCCGUUUGGGCUGCAGCGCCGGGCGGCUGGCUUAGCCAAAUCACGGCGUCAGAGGUUCAGGCUAUUGUAGCGAGCGACCGCAGUGGACUGUUUGCCAAUGGCGUGACUUUGGCAGGCAGGAAGUGCACAGUGCUGAGAGACGCUCUGAAUGUGGACGGGCAGAACACCAUGGACAUCAAGAUGAAGACCUCAGAGAAAGAGCCUGACCCCUUUUCAUUCACCAUCGGCAGAUCUCAUAAAGCAAUAAUCAUUGCAAAAGGAAUAAAAGAUGCUCACGGCGGUAAAAUCAAUCCACUUGUCUUUGACAUGACCGCAUACCUCAGGAAGCAGAACAUGUGAACAAGCCCCGCCCUGCCCUACUGACUCCGCCCACUUCACCACACUGUUCCACCUCAUCUGCCAGGAUUCCAUUCCAAAAGCCAGAAGAACAGAUCCAAGAUCAGCCAAACUUGUAUUUCAAAACAUCAUCAUCAUCUCAGUUUUAACAUUCCAGGAGUUUGAGAUCUUGGUUUCUCCUCGUCAUCUCUCCAGUCAGGCAGUGGAACACAAACUCUAGUUUAUAUCAAACUCAUUUAUUGGUUUUAUCAUGAAUUAAUUGAUUGAUUUUACGGUACUAUAGUAUUUCGCUGUUUCGGACGGGCGGAGCGUCAGGUCAUUUGAUUGUACGAUUGUAUGUGUGAAAUCCUGCUGAACAAAUCCCAGAGUUCUGACUGUUAGAUGGCAAAUAAAGAGAGAAUGAGUUUCUGUGGA